AUGAGCCAAAGAAACUCGCUCAAGCCAAGCUGCGGCUGCAACAUUGAAAGAGCACUUCAUCACGACGAAAAUUACAUUUUCAUUACUGGAGCACAAAAGCAAUCAGAUUCACCUUCAGGAAAGAGUUAUAUCGCUUAUCAUAUUCGUAUUGGGGAUAUCGAGACAAAACGCAGAUACAGCGAAUUUGAAUCGUUUAGAAAGGCUUUAACAUUACUUCAUCCUGCCUUAAUUGUGCCACCUAUACCCGAAAAGCACUCUUUAGUUGAUUAUGCUGCACUGCAAACAAGAGUCAAGGACGAUUUGCCCAUGGUGGAAAAGAGAAAGCGUAUGUUGCAGACAUUUUUGAACAGAGUUGCCAAGCAUCCCGAGUUGGGGAAAGACCAUGUUUUCCACAGAUUCUUGGAAAGUAACGUUACUUGGUCGGAUGUCCUUCACUCACCACCGCUCUCCACUUUACCCAAGAACCCUCUGCAGAUGGUGAUUAGCCAGCAACCCGAUUUACAAGCCCACACAUUCAAUGCCGUCUUAUCCAGCAACCAAGUCCCAACACCUUCUGCUGCAUAUCAAUUGAGAAAUCCAGACCCUCGAUUCGAGGAAUCAGAGAAAUUUACCUUUCGCAUUGCAAAUUACAUGAGCAACAAUUUGGACAAGAGCCAGCGUAAAGUCAUUCGUCGACUAGGAGAAUUGGCAAAUGAUUAUGCAGAACUAGGAGCAGUGUACAAUGGAUUCAGUUUAAACGAAACGGGCGCUGUUGCUAAUGCUAUCGAGAAAGUGGGACAAGCAGUGGAUGCAUCUUACACAGAAACUGGUCAAAUGGUCACUUCGUUGGAGGGAGAAUUUGCCGAGCCUAUCCAAGAGCACGCUCAGUUUGCUCAAAUCAUUAAACAGGUGCUGAAGUUUCGUCAUAUGAAGCAUGUGCAAGUCGAGAUGAUCGAGAAUUCAUUAAAUAGCAAAAAGGAGAAUUUGGAUAGCUUAUUGCGAAUGGAGAACGAGGCUAGACGGUUGGAGGAAGCAAUGACCAGAGAAAGAACGAUAGGAUCCAAUGCGAUCAAUGUAGAUGAAAUGAAUGACCAACACGAGCAGCCUGAAGAGAACCCAUAUGCUUUACCAGCCAACUAUAGCAACAAUGACAGCACUGCCAAUAGACCACCUAUGCGGUCCAGCAGCAAUGGCUGGACUGGCGGCCCUAUGAAAGUGAUUAGCGCUGUAGGCCAUACAUUGCAGAACAUCAUUGAUGUCAAUCCCGAAGCGACUCGUCGCAACCAAAUCGGCAUGUCCAAAGAUGCGAUGGGUGUUCUUCAAGAGGCACUGGACAUUACUCGCACUGAUUUAACAGCCAUUUCCUCUGAAUUGCAGUCAGAUCUAGACCGCUUUCAAACCGAAAAGAUUCAAGAUAUGCGUGAUAUGUUGAUUGCAUAUGCUAAAAUACAUAUUCGCUAUUGUCAAAAGAACCUUGAAUCAUGGCAAGAAGCUCGUGCUGAAGUAGAAAAGAUACCAAUCUAA